CCCAAACACAGAGAGACCGAAUUCAGACGGAGAUCACUUCAAAGCGAGGCACUGCACCGUGACUCCACGAGCGCCGUGUGGUUCUCCGCGGAGCGCUUUUGGGGUGUUUUUUUUUUUUGGCGGGGCUCGGCACGAGCGGACGUAGACUUUGUCCUCAGAGACGCCACUAAACCGGAUUCCACCGGGUGCCGUUCCUCGUCUCGAGCGAACUGAAUUUCUUUAAAACUGCCGCAUGAGGAUGCCUGAGGACCCGACUCACCGGGGCGCAGCAGCUCGGCCCGUCGUUCGCUCCGUAUAGGAGGCAUCAUGGGCGCGCGGUAACGGAAUUAGUUUCCCGUCGGAGGGGAGCGCCAGCGGGAGAGACCGAACCGACGCGAUUAUUAAACACGUUCCGUUCUCGCCGUUUCGCCUGCCGCGUGGGACCUGCCUACAGCUGAGCGGGAGCAGCGAUACUGCCCGGCCGUGUUUCCGAUCACGCGGGAAUCGUGAGUAUGAGACAGACGGAACCCGCCGCCGCGGCUCGGAGGACUUGGCUGACUUUCACCGGGGAACGACAAGUCUAGAUUACACAACUUUGCUACGACUUUCUUAUCUGAAUGGAACGGGCGGCAUCGCUGGACAUCGAGGCGCUGAAGAUGACCCAGGAACAGUACCUGCUGGCGUCCCAGCCGGGGGCCGUCCCGCGGCCGGGCAGUCCUGCGCCCUAUCCCGUGGGCAUCUACGGCUGGCGCAAGCGUUGCCUCUACUUCUUCAUCCUCCUCCUCCUCGUCACCAUGAUCGUCAACCUCGCCCUUACCGUCUGGAUCCUGAAGGUCAUGAACUUCACUGUGGAUGGCAUGGGUAAUCUCCGCGUGACCAAAGAAGGGGUCAGGUUAGAAGGUGUCUCAGAGUUUCUCCUCCCCCUCUACGUGAAGGAGGUUAAAUCCAGACAGGACAGUCCGUUGAUCCUGCAGUCAGACCGAAAUGUGACAGUGAAUGCCCGAAAUGACCUUGGUCAGCUGACAGGACAGCUUACUGUGGGCUCAGAGAUGGUGGAGGCACAGUGUCAGAGGUUUGAGGUCAGGAGUGAGGAUGGUGAGCGCGUGCUCUUCUCCGCUGAUGAGAAUGAGAUCAGCAUCGGCACAGAGAGACUUCGAGUGACGGGCAACGAGGGAGUUGUCUUUGGUCAUUCAGUCGAAACAUCACACAUUCGAGCUGAACCUUUCCAAGACUUGAAAUCUUCCUCAACGCCAACUCCAUCCGUCUGGGCGGUCUUCCUCACGGCAGCGUGGACCCCCUCCUCACACCAGGCACCAGCUACACCAAGCAGACUGUGUAUGAAGUGUGCGCCUGCCCCAGCGGCAAGCUCUACCUGUCCCCGGCUGAGAGCGCCUCCACCUGCCAGACCACCAACAGCGUGUGUCUGUGGAGCUGAGAGGAGCGGGCGGGCCCGCCGCCGCCGCCCCACACCAGAAAGGCCUUCCUCCUCCCCUCCUCCUCCUCCUCCUCCUUCUCCUCCUCCGUCUGUAAGGCGCGUCUCAUCCUAAACGAACCAGAUCUGCCAUUCCAUCCUCGGUGCAGCUCAUCUGUCCGUCUGUCUGCGCGUUUCCAUCCGCCUGUCUGUCCGGUCAGGCCGCGGUUGUGUGGCACUUGUCAUCCGUUCGCCCGUUCUGUUGAGUGGUUGUCCCAUCUCGACUCGUUUUCAUGCGUUCGUUCCGUCUUCCCUGGCGUCCUCUCUUCCUGGGACCCCUCCUCCAGCCCCGCCUCCCUCGCAGAAAUCAGGAAUCGGAAUAACUCGGCUCGAUCGAAGCCAAAUCUUCCCAAUCUGGAAAUGGAGCAAAAACUUUUUUCUUCCUUUUUUUUUUGGUAUUCUGAGUUUUGUACGAGUCUCUGAACCAUUGGACAUACGCAAACAUUUGCCAUGGGACUCGAGCAGGCUAACAAAAAUGAGCACACACACACACACACACACACACACACACACACACACAUACACGCACACACGUGGCAAGUUAGCAAGCUAUCGAGCGAGUGUGUGUGUUUUCUAAAGAACACAGGUGCCUUUGCCUGUGGCGGUACAGCACACGUUCACUGGCCACCCCAAACCCCGCCCACUCUCUCCUCCCUUAACCCCGCCCCCUUCCCCACCCAAACCCCGCCCACGAUCCCCUCCCUUAACCCCUAACCCUCUCCCUGCUCACUCCCCUCACCCGCUGGAGCAGCAGAAUGGAAUACUAAUGCUGACUCACCCUGCUCUCCACAUUUGAAAACAACAGUCACAACAGGAACAAGAGACAAGUGUCGUCCACAUCCUGUCCCCUGUCUCCCUCCCAUCCUUUUGGAUGUUUCUGUUUUGGAAAGAAAAAAAAAAAGCACAAGAUUAUGCCAUGUAUAUAACAAAAUCAAUAAAUAAUAAUUAAAACAGGAAGAUUAUUUUAAACAGUUUUGUAUCCAAGAAUGGUUGAUAAAUGCAUUGUGUUUUCUACGGCGUUUUCCCACACCGUGCCGUGUGUACCUUGUGAAGUGCUUUGGAAUUGAAAGAUGUUUGAAACAGUAACAUUUGUACGCCUGCCUAGUAUCAACAGACCAAAACCUUUUGUGUUUAUAAACUGAGUGGAUUUGUAGGACUGAUUUCCCUGUGUAGGACUGAAUUUUGGAGUGCACCGUGGUUCGUACUGUAAAAACUGUAUGCACUGGGAAAAAAAAGAAUAAUUUAUGUUUUAUUAUAAUUGCACUUUUAUCUCAGUUAAUAUUGAUUGCUUUUGGGGGAAAAAUCAAAGAGGCUCAUUUUUAUUGAGGAAUAAUUCAUUACUUGUUGAUGCAACAUUUUCACUUUUCCUUCAUGCCACAGAAAAAAAACAAAUUAUAUUUGUAAAGGAAAGCACAGAUCAUUUUGAGUGUAACCCAAGCAUCUGACCCAGUAACUUCCAACUUACCAGUUAGUACGUUUAUCAGUUAUUAAAUUGGUAACUGACCACAGUUAUGAUGAAUUGUUGAUAUUUUCCAUCAUACUGAGGUGA